AUGGCAGCGCCGACUGCCAGUGGCAUCUCGCAUCUGGACGCCACCCGCAUCGCCCUCCAAUCUGUCUUGUGGUGUUGCGACAUUCACGAUAUUGCCGGGACUGGACGGUACAUCUAUGAGGCCGACCCGGCCAUUGUUGUUCACAUCGGCGAUGGCGGCCAAAUUGUGGACGCGCAUGGCCAUCCCCAGCGACACGCUGCGAUUACGAGCGACGUCGCUGUGCCGGGCCAUGAGCUGUACAGCACGUGGUUCCGGUGGGACCAGAAGCUCUUCUCCAUCGUUCUCGACCUCCACGGCACCGCUGCCAAGCAGAGACAGCAGCGGGAGCAGCAGCAGGAGAGCGACGCGAGCAGCGGCCUGUCCGCGCUGUGUGAAGCGACGGGCGGUGCGAGCACGACAGUGGCGAGCCAGGCGCAGUUGGAAUCCCUCUUGGACACCCUUGUCAAGCAGACCACAUCCUUUGUUGUCAUUGAGGUUGAGCCCUUGCACACCUCCGCAGAUUCUGGUGCAGCCGCAACCCAGGAGGGCAAAGCGUCAUCAUCCUCAUCAUCAACAGCAACUCAACAGCAGCAGCAGCAGCAGCAGCAGCAGCAGCAGCAGCAAGGGCAGGGACAGGGGUCGCAAGUGCCAGCAACGUCGUCGUCGUCGUCGUCGUCGUCAGCACCGCCUCGUGUGACGCAGACAGUCUUGAAACCCGUUCAGGCGUCGCUCACAUGGCCGCUGCCUGAGCCGUACUGGCUGCCGGCGGUGCAGUCGAUUCCAAAGCAGUCCGCACAUCCACACAUCGCACUCGCAUCCACACCGCACAAAGCCUCCAUUGUCAUGGACUUCCCCUUUGACAAGUAUCCGCUCGCAUCCUCGCCACUCACCCGCUGGGUCCUCUCCCACCGCCGCCCCGACCUCUGCUGGUACUGCUACGUCCGUGGCAGCCACGCUCACCCUGGGCCGGGCAAGCCGUUUGGUUACAUCAAGCCCGCGUCUGACAUGCACAGCGUGAACCUCAUCGUUCUUCCGUAUGACUUUGAAACGCUCAACCGCCUCAGCCACGCGUUCUUCAAGGUGCACGCAAAGCAGCCGCCGCAGCAGUGGCACCGCGACUUCCAGUCGUAUCUCGCCGCCAUCCCAAGCUACUACUAUGGGCCGCUGAAGGCGGUUGCGAGUGUGCGAUUUGGGCGAUCGAUUGCGCAAUUGAUUCCAUCAGAGCGCCAUCCGUUGUCCUUCUCCAUUCUCAGAACACUCCGGGCGAAUGCGCGCGCGUAUCAGGAUGAGACGCUGGCGGAAUUGCUUGCCUCCAUCCGCUCGUCCGGGCAGCACAGAGCCACGAGUCGCACUCAGUCCACCCGCGGCCUCUCGCCGUUCACGCUUCCCUCCAUCCCGACAAUCGCAUCAUCAUCAUCAUCAUCGUCGUCGUCGUCGUCUGCUGCUGCUGUGCGGCGCGUGUUGCACGAUGGCAUUGACGCAGACACGACGCAAGACUCGGGUGUGGAUGCGCUUGUGAGUUUGCAUCGCCAACAGCAGCAGCACCAGCGCCAACAGCACGAACACAUUAUCCCCAAGUCGGAUCUGUUAUCAACGGUGCGGCAUCUUCAGCGACAGCUGCGGCUGGCGGCGGGCGGAGUGCUGUCUGUAUCCGCCAUUGAUCAGCAGCGGUUCGACCAGAGCGAAGACGCCCUCAACCUCGAACGCAUCCACGUCACGCUCAAGCUGCAAGAGGAGUCGAGCGACGUGCCGCUGUUUGGAAAUCCAUAUCGCAUCAUCCGCAGCAAGGCCGACGACGCUGAUGACCUCAGCCUCGACAGGCACCACACCCCAUCAUCAUCACCAUCAUCACCCUCAUCACCAUCAUCACCAUCAUCACCAUCAUCGUCAUCAUCGUCAUCAACGGGGCGGGGUCGGCGGUCCGGCGUUCGCUCAACGCGCGAGCGGUCGUCAUCGCCGAUUGCGUUUGCAGUUGGAGGCGAUGGGGGACGCGGAGGGAGGGAGAGGACGAGGACACGCACGCAGGGAAGCGGACAUGAGGAGGGUGGUGGCACAGCGGCGAUGGUGACAGCAAAAGCAGCAGCAGCACCACCAACACCAGCGUCAUCAGUGCCACCAGCACCAGCGUCACCAGCACCACCCGCAACCGCGUCAACACCAACGCCGGCCAAACCCACAGCCACAGCGCCACCAGCGGCUGCAGCCACGCCGUCGCCAAGGAGAGCAGCGGGGGCGGGCGAUGUCGGCAUUGCACCAGCACCGUCAACUGACGACCGCAGACAACGGCACAGCAGUGUUGGUGUUGGUGAUGGCACUGGCAGGGGUGACAGGACGAGCACAGCAGAUGAUAAUGCGAAGGCCAUGAAGAGGCCGCAGGUCAGUGACGAAAUGCACCGGCAGCAGAAAGAACAGCAACGAGAACAACAACAGCAGCAGCGGCAGCAACGAGAACAGCAACAGCAGCAGCAGCAGCAACGAGAACAGCAACAGCAGCAGCGGCAGCAACGAGAACAACAACAGCAGCAGCAGCAGCAACGAGAACAGCAGGUAAAGAUGAAGAGGGGCGAGGGAAAGAGGGGGAGUGCUGGCGGCCAGGCAGCAGAUGUUGGUGGCGACGACGGUGAUGGCACGCAGCCCACGAAACGCGCGAAGAAGGAAAAGCCGGUUUCUGUGGCAACGUCAACAUCAACAUCAACACCAUCAACGUCAACAACAGCAUCAACAUCGACAUCAACAUCAACGUCAGCACCAUCAACAAUAUCGUCGUCAUCGUUGUCGUCACCAGAGUCGAUGAAGGCGGCCAUCAGCGCCGCCCUCAGCAGCAACACGGAUGACGCUAGCAUUAUUCCCAUGCUCCUCUCCCUUCCACAACUCGACUGCACGCGGAAGCAGCGGCUGAUGCUGGCGCUGGAGUUGAGCGACAAAGCGCGCAGUCUGGCACGUGACGGCGUAGCAGACGCCAUUGAGCAGAUGAUCCAAGAUGAGGUCAUCUGACCACGUUCACACACACACACACACACACACACC